AUGAGCGUACCAGCGAAGAAACUUAUUUAUUUUUGUGGGAGUAUUCGUGGCGGAAGAGAUGAUGCGGCUUUGUACAAGCGUAUAAUAGAUCAACUAAAACAAUACGGUGAGGUUCUGACGGAACAUAUCGGAGAUGCCAACCUUAUGGAAAAAGAGAAAGGUAUGAUCAACCACUUACUUUGUCCAACGUGGCCCUUACGGGACAUUUAUCCCACCCUAACACUCUAAUACCCAGCACAUUUACAGAUUUUUGCACUGCAUUGCGUAACAUUUUUGUUUGAGUUGUAAAGUCUUCUCCUCCUGCUCCUCGCGUACCUCACCUCACCACGCCUAGAGCUCCGCUCCGUCUCCUAUUCCCACGCACCACGCCCAGAGCGUUGUUUUGUUCAAUCAAUAGGAUAUGAUGCCAUACACAUCAUUAAAGUUGACCAAUAGAAUUUUGAUUAUAAAAAUACUUUUUUUAAACUUCUCUGGGGAGAUUAAGUGUGGUGUCGGCUUGAGUUUGGUAGAGGUGCGCUUUGUCAUCACGGAAGAUCGAAGGACCGGAAGUGAUAAAUUGUAGGUCAUGAUGGAGACAAGGCAAACUUUUGUCCUGGUUUUCUUUUUUCAAUCCCAAAUUUGCUUGGUUUUCAAACUGUUGUCGACUGUUUUUCCAUUAUUUUGAUGGCUAAAUGUUGUUUUUAAAAUGAAAUCGAAAGUUUUUUUUCUUUUUCAAAAAGUUAUGCAUCAGUCAAUUCCAGCUGCACCCCCCCCCCCCCCUCCCCGGCUGACCCCUGGGCAUUAGCAUUUUUUUGCCUUGUAUGACAAAUUCCAGGGGGUGGGGACUCUUGAGCUGUCAAAUCCCCCUGGGUGGGGAUGAAAUAAGAGGGCAAAUGGCCCGUCCUCCAUCAACACUGUAACAUUUUUCAUUGAUUGCACAGUCAAAUAGUGCCAUUUUAAACAUUUUAAUGUUCGAUUUUUUGUUUCAAGUAACGUCUUCCUUUGUAAUAGCGCUAGGAUUCUAAUUAAGACUUCAUGCUGCGACGACAUGCACCAAUUUAUGGUUUUAGUAUUGACAUAAAAUUAUUGACAUUAAAAUUAAUAGAGUGCUGUUAAGUCACAUGUUAUGAAUAGGUCAUAAAUAUGAAAGGAUGUUCUUCAAAUAAUAUCAACAGAAAUUUGAAUCACUAAAAAAUGAAUCACCAAAUUUGAAUCACCAAAAAACGUUGAUUGACGUCGAUAGCUCCCGAGUUUCCCUAUGUAAUUCUGGCUUGAUAAGCAAUGAAGAAAUGCAUGCAUAACAUCGAGAACAUGCCUUUACAACCCCCUGUCCUUGACAGAUGAGCUAAUCUGCUUUUUUUUCAGUAAUAUCCUCUGUGUAGUUAUAUUCUGAUAGGAAACUGCAUGUGUGUCUUGAGAAAGCUUGGAAAUAGCCCCGGGCUUGGCAAAUGCCCGGCCACCAGGCAGCGCAAAAUUUGCAAAUGUGCCCCACCCCCUGGACUAAAAAGGCAGGCAAAUGCCCCACAGUAGCCCGGGCAGGGGCUGGGGGCAGCUGGAAUUGACUGAUGCAUUAAUUCCAUGUUUGCUUGGUAUAUUUCAGGUAGUGAUAAAUUCAUUCAUGAUCGCGACGUCGCUUGGUUGUUGAAAUCUGACGGUAAGUGUGCAAGCUAUCUUUAUUUACAACUGUUUUCAGAAAAUCUAACAACAUUGCAGAACUCGACAAGAUCUUGCAUGUGCAAGGCCGUUUUUAGGCCCUCAAUACUUAUAUUGUUAAAAAAAACUUGUGCAUGCGCCUGCCAUACUCUGCACACUGGGGGAUACUAACAGAGGUUGGAAACUCCCUGAUGGUGCACAAGUCUUAAUUGUUUUUUUUGUUCAGAAAUUGUGACGGAAUAAAUUAAUACAGCAUUUUUUAUUAGUCACUAAGAUUGAAAUAAUAGGUAUGCCACUGAACACACUUCAUAAAUAUAUAACAAAAGAGUCUGAUGCACUUUAUAACCAUUCCGCUCUAUUAACUAUGAUAUAAAGAUCUAGGGUUACUUUAUAUUUUCUCUUAGUCCAAACAAUGAUCUUUAUUUCUGUUUUACAGCAUUAGUUGCUGAAGUUACCCAGCCUUCCCUGGGAGUGGGAUAUGAAAUAGGCCGAGCAAUAGAAAACAAGAAGAAGAUUCUGUGUCUGUUUAGGCCUGAUAGUGGAAAAUGUAAGUUGAUGGUCUCAUAUUUUUUUAAAACUAAUACUGUAUUAUCAUCAAUCACAUUGUGAGAUAUGUCACUUUUGUUUGUUUUCUAUUAGUUCUUUCUGCAAUGAUCCGAGGAGCAAUUGAUGACAAUGUGGUGGUGAAAGAUUACAAAGAAGAGGAUAUACCUCACAUCCUGGAAGAGUUCUUUAAAUCUUUAUGAAAAACUCAACUGUCUUCUUACCCUGUGCAUGGAAAAAAAGGAUGCUAGUAGAUCAGAGGGGACCUGUUUAGUAACAAUUAAAUUUCAUUGCAUUUGCAAGAAAUAUUUGUUCUCUGAAAUUAAUCUGUAGACUACUUUAAUGCUUACGUUGAAAUCUAAGUUAAACCUUUGCACAAUAGUAUUGGCUGAGUCUAACAUUUGGCUAUUAUGUAGAGUUGGAUUGAUGGUCCUUUUGCAAGCUAUGAAAGACACAUCUGUGUAUAGAAUCCC